AUGCCUCAACAAGCAGCGAGAGCUUUCUCGCAGAAAGAUCUCCCACCUUCAGUAGAGGCUGCUUACUACCGCAAGUGCAUCGAGUUGCGCCGACGAAUCAAUGACAUCGAAGAGAACAACGAUGGAACAAGACAGCGCAUCCAGCGCUUGAAUCGCGGCAUCCAGAAGAUGCGCCUCGAGCGUGCCUUUCUUCUAGAUCGGCUACAGAGGCACCAAGAAUACAGCAUGGACGACUCAGAUCGGAGCUCAAGCCCGCCUCCUACACCCACAGACAAGCCGCUUCGUAGCAAACGCAGCCACAGAAAGGGUACACCUCCUGCCGCCAGCGCCGACGCAGCUCCAGACAGUGGUGCUAGAGCACACUCGGGCGCUCCUCACGCAGCUUCACCUGGCGAGCAUGGCUCACACCUCGCCAUCUCGCACCCACACGCCAUAAACCCCAUGUCCAGCGCGCAAAGCACGCCCGACCCCUCACGGCAUACGAAUCCCUUCUUUAGCUCCAUCGGCGCAUCUGCCUCACCACAUGCCUCUCACUCCACCGUGAACGGCAACCAGAACGCCUUGCCGCCCCUCCACUCCCUGCCCGGUAUGCAGCCGCAAGGCCAGCAAACACCCACGCCGCGCGCAUACUUCGACCCAGCGUACGGCGCCGAGCGCCCAACACCCGUACCUGCGGAGAGCGAGGGUGGGAGGCAACGCGCAUACUCGGGUGCGCAGCCGCCGCAGCAUGCCGAGGCGCCGCACAACGGGGACACGGAGAUGCGAGAUGCUGCCUUCUCGACCGCCAACAACAACCAGUAG